UGAUCGCCGGUUCUGCGACUGAUCGCUGCGACUAGACGCCAGCGUUCGGCGUUCAAAAAUUCCGAUCGCUGAAAAUUUUAGCGUUGCGAUCGAAAACCAGCGAUCAAAAAAAAAAGUGUAAAAAGACAAAAAUACCCUUGAUUUAUCUUCAAAAUCACAAAACAACACCCUUAACCCUAGAUCUCUUUACGCCUUUCUUCAUUACGCUUCUUCAUCGUCUCUCCUCCUCAGCUCUCUCACGCAGGCUACCAUCAAAGCUCAAAGGUCUGUCCAAAAUAGGUGGUAGCUGCUAAUUGCCUCAUAGGUUUCCUCAGCAACGAGCUGAAAGAAGGAGGACGAGCUCCGGUGAGCGUGUUCCUAGAGAAAUCAAGCUCCGAAAGACUCGACAGCUCCCCUAAACUGCUCGGAACCGAACCAGUGAGACUGUUACGAGACAAGUUCAAACUCACCAAGCGAGUGAGAUUACCGAGUGUUACGGGAACAACGCUAACAAGGUCUGUCCAAAAGAGGUGGUGCAGCUGUCUCAGUGUUUUGACUGACCAAAAGUAUUUCAAGGAAGGCUUUGAAAACUUGGAAGCAAUAAGAAGAGCUGGUGUUAAGAUUUGGACAUAAAUCACAACAAGACAAGACAAGAAGAAUGACUGAUGAUGUAAGUGUUUUAGGCAGUUGUAGUUUCUUAGAUCUUUUGUGAUUGCUUUUUCUGCUAGUUUAUCUUGUUUGUCUAUUGAUGAGACUUGUUAUUUAGAAAUGGACCAAUGAAGAAGUUAGGUAUUUCUCUUGAAAUUUGCUGCAGAUACACUAAAACCAGAAGAUGGUGAGUUCACAAGAGUAUGUCCUACUUUGAGAAAUGAUGAUCGAUACUGGCCAUUUUUUAAAGACUGUAUUGGAGCAUUGGAUGGAACUCAUAUCUCAGUCCGCCCUCCUAAACGAAAUGCAGAAGCAUACAGGGGCAGAAAACAGGAGCCAACCAUGAAUGUCCUUGCUAUAUGUAACUUUGAUAUGAAGUUCAUAUAUGCUUAUGUGGGUGUGCCGGGUAGAGCCCAUGACACAAAGGUAUUAACUUAUUGUGCGAAGAAUGAGCCUUUUUUUCCACAUCCGCCAAAUGGAAAGUAUUAUUUGGUUGAUGCUGGAUAUCCCACAAGAACAUGGUAUCUUGGUCCGUAUCGUAGAGUUCGGUAUCAUCUCUAUCAGUUCAACAGAGGAGGACCACCAACGAACACUCGAGAGGUGUUCAACCGGAGACAUUCAAGCUUGCGAUCAGUGAUUGAGCGGACAUUUGGAGUGUGGAAAGCAAAAUGGAGAAUUCUUGACCGUAGGCAUCCAAAAUAUGGUUUGAUCAAAUGGAUAAAGCUAGUGACAGCAACUAUGGCUCUACACAACUUCAUACGUGAUUCACAUCGAGAAGAUAAUGAUUUUGUGCGUUGGCAGAGAAGAGAAGAAUAUCAUACACAUGGCGAUAAUGAUGAAGAAGAAAGAGAUGAAGAUGAAGAAGAAGAAGAAGAAGAAGAAGAAGAAGAAGAAGAAGAAGAAGAAGAAGAAGAAGAAGAAGAAGAUGGUGAUGGUCAUGGUGGACAUAUUCCAUAUGAGCCGACUAGUGAUAGAGCCAUGGAAGGUUUACGUGAUCAUAUUGGUAAUGAGUUGAGUAGAGGAUAUCGAUUACCUUACUAGUUUAUUUGAUUUGAGUUUGUACUGAUUAUUAUUAUAAGUUACUUGUAUGACCAUUUUCCCUAUUGUUUAAAUCGAAAUCUUUGUAACAAUUAUGAGAGUGUUACUGAUAUUUAUCUUAUAGCUUUAAUUUUUCAAUAACAAUGUAGUUUUGUUUUUAUUUGAAAAAUUGUUCGAAAUACCAUAAGUUAGUUAACACUUUUCAAUAAUACAUUCAAUCAAAAUACUUUUCAAAAUAUUUAUGAGAAUUAGUUUAGUUUUUUUUCAUCAGAAACUUAAAAUAUUUAUGAAAAUAAUUGAAAUUUUUUUUUUUUAAAAUAAUAUCAAAUAAAUAUUUGGUCGCCAGCGAUACCGAAACGAACAACAUAGCGACAAGCGCUGCGAUCAGUCUCGCGACAUGGAAACGAACAACUCAGCGACAACCGCUGCGAUCAAUCUCGCGACCUUCAAACGAACAACUCUAAGCGACAUUAUGUUCUGGUCGCUGGUCCCUGACUCUGGUCGCUGACGCUGGCGACCACGAAACGAACAGGGCCAAAGUCAAAAUCAUAAAUGGCAUAACGACAUUCUUCAGCAGAGAGGCGUUCAGCAAAGUCCUUAUAUAUAAGAAUAGGUUCUUGAAUUUGACAUAUUCUUGAGUUUGUAUCAGAUACUGCUCUCUUUUAAUUCAUAUUACAUAUCUAUAAAGUUCAGAAGUACUAGUAGUAGUUAUCACUAUCGAUGAAUUGAUUCACAAUAUCAUGAUCAAAGAGACAAGGAAUGUGGACAGCAACCAGAUUACUACUUUUUUUUUAAA